CAUCUCGCUGUGCUCCUCGCGUGCACCGUGCGGGCCGCGAGCCACGCUGCCUGUGCGUUUGUCACGAUUGUCCUGUCCGAGGACUUCUUGGAGUGCUCGGCGGCGCUCGUCCGCUCCAUCCGGCUCACUGAGAGCGUUCACGAUGUUGUAGUGCUGGUCCUGCCAUUCGUCAGCGCGGCGGCUCGCCGCCGGCUGCAGUCUGAUGGGGCCGAUCUAGUACUCGAAGUCGAGGAGAUCCGCAACCCCAACCCCGUGGUCCUCUACCAGAGCUUCGCCAGGAACUAUGGUAUCCUCAGGGCCUGGCAGCUGAACAGUCUCUCAGGCAGGCAGUACGACCGAGCCGUGUACAUGGACGGCGAUAUGGUCAUGACGCAGAAUAGCGACGAGCUCUGCACAUGGCCAGAGCUUUCCGCGUCCCGUGACCUCGGCGGUUCCCGGGACGAGCACGCCGAAGAUUUCAACGCUGGCCUCAUGGUGCUGAGACCCAGCGAAGCGACUUUCGCGCGGCUGAUCGGCCUGGCUCCGCAGGUUGGGAGCGCCUCUGGGGGCGUGCAGCCGCUGCUGCGCGCGGCCUUCCCGACGUGGUCGCGCCUGGAUCACUUCCAAGACAACGUGAACUCUCACGUGUACACCCACCAGAGGCAUUCGUGGCUGCCGCCGCGGAUCCGGUCCAUACACUUCACUGGUCCGGUGAAGCCGUGCUUCACCGAGCCGGAGGAUGCCGACGCGAGGCCCAUCGACGACCCGCUGCAGGUCUGGCACAGGCUAAAUCGGCAUCCAGGCUGGAGGGGUUGCCCGGAUAACAACGAUAGCGUGCCUGCCGCUUUCCAGGACCCGACGUCGUGCUCUCCGCCGCUGCAGUCUGAGGCGGGGGCUCCUUUCGCUGCGGGCGCCUCCGAGGACGAAGUCCGUGUCUUGUGGGGCCAGUGGUUCCCUCUUCGCCCGCGGAGCAUCCUCGGCACUGGCUUCGGCAUGGGCGAGGCAGAGUACAAGGCGGUUCCCGCUUUCCACGUCUGCAAGCAUGGGGCCGCGCUGAUGUCCGAGUUGGCCGAGAGGACAUUUGCGAUUGCCUUUGGUCAGCUCGCUGGUUGCCUCCAAGGCAGAUGCACAGAACUUUCCGCCAUCGCAGACGGGCUUUCAAAGACCUCGCAGCGGAUGCAGAGGACAGUGGAUCUUUUUAUCAAGCGGUCUUCAAUAGAUGCCGAAGUUGAUGCCCACGGAUUCGGUUCAGUUGCGCAGAUCCUGUCCUCGCAUGCGGGUCGUGCUGUGGCAGAAGUAAGCGCCGCCAUUAAAGCUGUCAUCGUGCUCCUUGCCACCAUGUCGGGAGAGGAACCCUCCAUCGCCAUCGUGAGCGGCUACUCCUUGCUCUCAGACUCGCCGGAGCUCCUGGGGCACGAGGGCCCUGAGGCCCCUGUGUUCGCCGUCGAGCCGCCAGAGUACGGUGGCCCCGGGGAGGGCCCUGCGGUGCCAGCCGGGGCGGCGCACUGGGCGGGGCGCCUAGGGUUGGCCGAGGGGCGGGUUGCCGUCGGGCCCCCGGAGAUGGUGCCGGCGUCGAGGCUCGGCCUCUUGGUGCUAACGUGCCCCGCGUGGGGCGCGCCCCCUGAGCCGCCUGGGGAGCAGCGCGAGCUGCUGAGCGCCGAGCUGCGGUAUUGGUCGGCCGUCCUCGAGGGCGGCUCGGGGAUGCUGGUCGGGUGCGGGUUUUCCGCGGCGCACCCAGGCAUCGUGGAGGCGGUGGGCAGUCACUGCCUGGAGCACUCUUGCUCGGGAGGGGUGGGCGCGGCAGGCGCGGACGACGGGGCGCCGCGGGGCGCGGACCUGGAGUUCCGCUUCGGCCACGCGGCGCGGCCGAAGCCCAGGUUCCUGAGGUGCCUGGCGGAUGGCGCCGCCGCGGCGCGCAGCUCUGGCCUCGCUGGCACCUUCCGGCGCUGCCUCGCCGACAGCCAGGCACGGUGCGAGCCGGACCGCACGCUCCAGGUGUGCUCUCACAUGGACGCCGGCUUCGGGUCGGGCAUGCACACCUGGGUGAUGUCCUUCGCCUACGCCCUGGAGCACGACCUCGCCUGGCUGCCGGUGGGGCCCUGGGCCUACGCGGACCCCGGGGCGUGCGGAGCAGGAGCCGAGGGUGGCUUGGACUGCUACUUCGAGAAGGUCACCAACUGCACGGAGUCGUCCAUGCAGAAGGUGUGCGCAAACGUGUACUCGCGCGCGAAGCACCAGACGCUGAUCAUCCAGGCGGCCGAGUUGCUCGGCGUCCCCCGCGCCUGGGUCUGGGGCCAGAUGUUGGCCUACAUCAUGCAGGCGCGGCCGCCAGUUGCCCAACUCGUGAAGCACAACGUCCCUGGGCGUCUCUCGGAAGGGCCAUUCGCCGCGGUCCACAUGCGUGUGGGCACGAACCUGACCGGGGAGGACGACCCCUCCUGGGGCCGCAACAAGGAGGGCGUGCGGCCGUACAUGGCUGGCCUGGAGAAGCUGGGCAGGGGGAGCAACCGCACGGUGUACGUCAUGACAGACGACCCAUCGCUGACGGAGGAGCGGCUGCGCGAGCUGGCCCCGGGCGUGUCCUUCGUGCGCCCGCAGCGCGCCACCGUCGACCUGUCGAAGGCGAGGCCCAACGGGACCUCCGCCCACGACGUGGUGGUCGACCUCUUGGCCGACAUCGAGGCCGCCGUGAGCUCCGACGUGUUCGUAGGCACCAUCAGCAAUAUCUUCUGGCUGGUCUACGCACUCAAGCAGACUCGCGAGGGGCACACUGGGGUGGCCUGCUGGCUCGACACGGUCCGCAAGAAGUCCCUCGACACUCUUGUGUGCCCCUGGGACCAGGGCUUCUACUGGCACGGCCCCCGGGGGCUCACCUCGCAUCCAACGGAGGAGAUGCGGGCGCGCAUCCGGGCUGGCGAUCCGCCCGCCGUGGCCAAGGACCGCCGCGGCAGAGCUGGCCCCGCCAGGAACGGAAAAGGCCCUUGCUGGUCGUGCGAGGCGAAGCUCGAGGCGAGCCAGGACACGUGGAACCUGUUCAGGAAGCCGAGGUGGAGGUGA